GAGGGGGCGACCCGCUUCACGUACGCUCUAUUGGAAAAGUGACUGGCUAGAGUCGUAAACUAUUUUUAAUUUUCCCCCCAAAAUGCUGUUCAUUUAAUUAUGUGUAAAACUUUUAAUCAAGCGAAAAUUACUGAUAGCCAUUUCUACUACCCUAUUCAAUGAAGUGAAGAUUCGAAAACAUUUAAUAAUGUUUCGUAAGUGGCACUUGAAGCUUAAUUCCUCCUAAUUUGAUCUUCUAGCAAACCUGGCGUGGUCACAACUGUCCUCCCUCGGAGCUUGGUGAUGCUGAGAAGAUCACCAGUGGCACAGCACCUCCUCCCUCAACGGCGCGCACAGCACCUCCUCGCCUUCAACACUUGGAGUAGACGGAAUGGUUGCACUACUUGCAUUUUAACCGAGGCUUUAUCCGCGUGCGCGUAAAACCAUUAAUGACAAGAACAAUUGGACAAGAAUAGAGCGAUGCCAUCUUGUGACGAAACCUCAAUCCAGUUGCGAAAGGAGCAGGAUGAAUUUAGUGCUUUCCAGAUUCUUGGCAUACCUUCACGUCGGGCUCCAGGUCGCGCUCCAGAUGUUUAUUUACCCUUGUCAUCUGCAUCCCCAGCCCUGUCACAUCCUGGCACGCAUUGGGCACACAGUGCGCUUGGGUGCGCUCCUGCCGACCCGCCAGCAGUCCAGGAUACAGGGCGCCCUCAACCGCGCCCUGGUCCACCUCCGGCAAAGUGGGAACAACUUCUUACCGUACAACCUGAGCUUGGAAGUAUUGUCCCGAGAACCGCUCAACGGAGAUCCGGAGUCCAUGUUCAGGUGCGUGUGUCAGGAUAUCGUUGUUCAGGGAGUCUCGGCUGUGCUCGCGUUCCCUCAGAGCCACGAGGAGCUCGUACAAGUGGAGUUCAUGUCCUCGUUUUUGGAAAUACCUUUCAUCAGCAUCAUUGAACAGGGCGAACCUCUUAAGACACAGAACCGCUUCCAUUUACAGAUGAUGACACGUACGCCCCCUUCAGGACUGUCGGAGCUGCUGUUGGCGGUGUUGCUGAAGGGAGGCUGGCAGGGCGGAGCGGCCAUUCUCUGUCCCGGAGGUGGGAACACGGGAAUGCUGGAAGAACUUGAACAGCGGGGCCAUCUGGGCUUGAAAGGAGCCCACUGGCACCUGUGGGAGACCCUUAACCUGUCCAGACUGGAAGAAAACCUGAGUGAAGACAAGGUAAUGGAGCUCCUCUCACAGCUCCUCAGCAGGACUCCUUCUGCUCCGGCGUCUUCUGUGGUGCUUUUCAGCUCUGAUCCUGAAUGUACAGCAAGAGUGCUGCGCAGCGCCCACCAGCUGAGCGAUACAUUGCCCCCAGUGCACUGGAUCAUGGGAUACCCGCUUAGUCUGGAUUCUCUACACUCCAUUGGCUCCCCCCUGGGUCUUCUGGCUUAUGGGGAGGUCAAUCGCAAGCCUCUGAACUUCUACAUUAGGGAUACCCUGCAGCUCAUUGGCAGGGCUGUAUAUGCCGCGACCAUGGUGAGACCAGACCUGGCUCUUAUCCAGAACAUGGUCAACUGCUUCGACAAGCCCAAUAAACAUGAGCUGCCCUCCUCUGGACAAUACCUUGCCAGGUUCUUGUCGAACACUUCUUUCACGGGGCUGACAGGCCCAGUGCGAGUGCAGCGCUCCCUCUCCAGGGUCCUUACCUCCCAGCGCUUCCACAUAUGGAGUCUACAGCGAGACCCCCUGGGCCAGCCAAGUUGGGUGACCAAGGCAAGCUGGCAGUCGGGCCGUCUGGAUUUGGAAGAGCAGGGUCUGUGGCCAGGCAUGACCCAACACCACUGGGAGGACGGCCCAGAGAUUAGGCUCGGAGGCCGCUGGCAAGCAGGACUCCCAGUGGUGGGGAGCAGAUUGCGGGUAGUGACCUUGGUCGAGCACCCAUUUGUGUUCACGCGGGAAGUGGACGAGGAGGGCCAAUGUCCGGCAGGUCAGCUGUGCCUUGACCCUCAAACCAACAGCUCGGAAGUCCUCAACCAGCUGUUCAGAGAGCUGGAGCAAACCAACAGCAGUUCACUGCCAAAUGACAUGCGGAAAUGCUGCUAUGGAUACUGCAUCGACCUGCUGGAGAAGUUAGCGGAGGACAUGCACUUCCAGUUUGACCUUUACAUCGUAGGCGAUGGGAAGUACGGAGCAUGGAAAGGAGGUAGAUGGACUGGGUUGGUGGGUGACCUUCUCAGUGGCGUGGCAGACAUGGCCGUCACCAGCUUUAGUAUCAACUCCGCUCGAAGCCGAGUAAUAGACUUCACCAGCCCCUUCUUCUCCACCAGUCUCGGGAUCCUGGUGCGGAGCAAGGACACGGCUGCACCCAUCGGUGCCUUCAUGUGGCCGCUCCACUGGUCCAUGUGGGUGGGCAUCUUUGUGGCACUGCAUAUCACAGCCCUUUUCAUCACCCUUUAUGAGUGGAACAGUCCGUUUGGCAUGACCCCUCACGGACGCAACCGCAUCAGGGUCUUUUCUUACUCGUCUGCACUGAACCUCUGCUAUGCCAUUCUGUUCGGCCGGACCGUUUCCAGUAAAACUCCAAAGUGCUGGACGGGCCGCUUCCUCAUGAAUCUUUGGGCCAUAUUUUGCCUGCUGGUUCUGUCCAGUUACACAGCCAACCUAGCAGCUGUCAUGGUCGGGGAGAAGACCUUUGAGGAGGUGUCAGGGAUUCAUGAUGUCAAGCUCCAUCACUCGUCUCUGGGGUUUCGCUUCGGCACAGUUCGAGAGAGCAGUGCUGAGGACUAUGUGAAAAAGAGCUUUCCGGAGAUGUACGAGUACAUGAGGCGCUUCAACAAGCCCACCACUCCGGAUGGAGUCUCUACACUCAAGACAGAUCCCCCUCAGCUAGAUGCCUUCAUCAUGGAUAAGGCUUUGCUGGACUACGAGGUGUCCAUAGAUGCAGACUGCAAACUCCUGACUGUAGGAAAACCAUUUGCUAUUGAAGGUUAUGGGAUCGGGCUGCCCCAGAACUCCCCUCUCACUCGCAACGUGUCUGAAUAUGUCAGCCGCUACAAGUCUGACGGUUACAUGGACAUGCUGCACGACAAGUGGUAUAAAGUGGUUCCCUGUGGAAAGAGGGUUUUUGCCGUGACAGAGACUCUGCAGAUGGGUAUCCAGCAUUUCUCGGGGCUGUUUGUGCUGUUGUGUGUGGGGGUGGCAGGUGCUUUGCUCACUCUGCUUGGAGAGCACACUUUCUUCCGAUUCAUCCUGCCUCACCUCCGCCACCAGCAGAGAUUCAAAUACUGGCUCCACACCAGUCAGAAAAUCCACCGUGCAUUAAAUAUGGGUUGUGAUGAUGAGAGGAAAUCAGAGGUUGACAGCAGUGACAGAUGUACCACCUUGUGCCUGUCAGAGAACUGUAAUCUCCACCGUCUGCCACCCUCCACUUCCUCUCCACCGCCCUCCACCUCUUUGCCUUCCCCUUCAACUUCUACAACCAAGUGGAACAAUCAGAGCACUAUGGCCGGUCGAGAGGCCAAAGAGCAAAACAAGCGUGUCCAUUUCAACUUGGAGACUCUCAACAGCUACCAACUCCAAGCUCCGCCCACUGGACCAGAAAGAGGCCGGCGGGGGUUGGUGGGAAGCCCACCCACCCAGCUGUGUUCCAACGGCGGCCCUAAUCCCAGUCUCAGCCUUGUGCUCUCACCCCCGGCCUGUUCUGGACUCUCAACGCCAUGGGAAGAGGAGCUGCAGGAGCUGCAAGGGAGGAUCGAGGAGUUUCGCGGCCAGCUCAGGGCCGCCCUGGCCAGGCGAGCCGAGCUCCAGCGGACCCUGGUCAGACAACGACUCAGUCAAUCCCAAACAAGCUCAGAAUCUAAUCCCACCACCAACACCCUGACCAAAGACAUCAACAGGGGGAGGUGAUGUACACUAUGUGUCGGGACACUCACAAAGACAGUGGACAUGAGUGGAUACGGGACCUUCUCUCAGCUGGGAAGUCAUGCCGCGCUGUUUUCCGACUUCUCCUUACUCAGUGACUGCUGGAGUGCUGCAGUGAUGGAUGAAACACUCUGUUCAUCUGGAGAUUCAGCUUGUAAUCCUGCAGUCUGGCUGACUUCCAGCUCCAGAGAGAAAGCAUUUAUCUGUGUAUGUGUGUGUGUGUGUGUGUGUGUGUGUGUGUGUGCGUGUGUGCGUGUGCGCGUGUUUAAAGCCAGGCAACUGGACAGAGAACAAAAACUUAAUGCAACCAUUCACUGCUGGCCAAAGUGAAUAUCUGCAUCCACAGACGUCCAGCAUGGAAAUGGCUACAUUUUGUAAAUAAUUCAAUGGGAUUACAUAGUGGGCAAUGAUGCCUUGGAGAGCAGGCCCACGGACCGCCCACAGUCCGUUUAGUGACUGACUGAUGCAUAUUGCACGCAAAAAUAACAACUUCAGUUCUGAUGUGAUUGUUAGGUGUUUAGCAACUUCUGGAAAUAAAGGCACAAAGGUUUUUUGAUCAGUCGUCAUGGUCAAGUUAAGGUCUGAUACAGUGAACACUUUUGAGGAGGAACUAAUCACUUUGCAGGGUUAAUAACAGCAGGGUUUGGCUUGAGCCAUUUAGUAGCAAGUUCACUAGACAUCCACAAACAGAAACUAUGUCAAUAUCCAUAAAAGAAUUUCACACAAAAAUUCAGAUUCUAUUAACAUUUUCUGCUAUUUUGAGUUUCCUAUACAGCCAUUGACAGCAAUAGUGAGACAUGAAUUCAAAUUAGAGAAUAAUCAUUGAUAUUGUGGCCAGAAAUUAAGAAUAAAUUCCAACAAAUUAUACAAUUUUAUUUCAUUUCCAUUCCCUCAUUUCAGUUAAAGUGGCCACGGCUUAAUGUGUUCCUUUUAUUUUAAAUAAAUCAAGAAAACUAAUUAGUACAACAUAGCUAUGAUUUACUUCAACAAGUGAACAAAUUAAUAAGACAUGGCCACAAUAUCUUUUUUUAGCAAGCAAGCAAGCGCAAGUUUGUGGGUUGGAUUCCCCGGGAACAACAUGAUAAGUAAAAAUGGUUAGCCUGAAUGCACUCUAAGUUGCUUUGGAUAAAAGCAUCUGCUAAAUGCAUAAAUGUAAAAAUGAAACGGACUGUGUUUGGUCGUUUUACAUGUUAAUCGGGUUGCCUCUUCCUGUUUGAGUGGGCGGUUCCUGGCCAAAAUAAGCUUCAAUGGACCAAACUUUACAUUUUAAUUAAACCACUUCUUGUCUUGCUGUGGUGUACUUUUUCCACACUUAUAAUGUUUGAAUAAAUAUAACGUUUGCUUGUGUGUUUUAACGGUGAUAAAAUAUGAUUCUGAUUUGAGCUGUUUGAUCUUCAA